AGUCUGUGUGGCAGCUGCUGCAUGUUCAGCUGGCUUCAUAUGCAGUCACCCACUGUGUGAAGUUGCUAGGAGAAGGUGAAUAGUCUCAAUUAGAGCACGCUCCUUCAAUAGCAACCUGUAGAGCUCUCUAAUUUCCUUUUACGCGGGUGAUCUGCACUCACCAGUGCCAGCAGCUUUCCAUUGAUUCAUCUCACAAGGCGUUUCUUUUUGUUUGUUCUUCAAGGAGCAAUUCAAGAUCCACUCAAAAAAGACGAAAGCGGCAGUAUUUAGGCAGAUGCUUCCUUUCACAGGGCGGGUGCAGACUUGGGAUUGGUUUAUCCCACCUGCUUCCUGAUAGCAUUUUGUGCUGAGAACGGGCAUCUUUCCCUGCCUCCUGGACCAGUUAAGAUGAUCAGCCAGAGAUUCCUGGACAUUUUGAGAGCAACUAAACUCCAGCGACUGAACUGAGACAAGUGGUGAAAAGUGUGUAGGAAGGAGCGGGGGGAGGACAGAGCAGUGAGCGGUACAUUUUCUGCUUCACUGGAUUAAUCUUUGAUUUUGAGGUCAGGAGAGCUGUGUGCUUAAGGGGCCGGUGUAGCAGUGGGGAGGGGGGGACGAACAGUGAGAGUGCGGAUUUGGCUAGCCAAGUGAAUAAGCAAUCGAAGCAGACGCUUCCCUCGGCCCUUCUGUAAUCCUGAUAGGUUUCGAGAGAGAUGAGAGCAGCUGCUACCUAACAUGUGUGGAUCGUCUGACAUCUGUGCUGGACUGGAGAAGGCUUUCCCUCUCUGUUGCUGCUGAAUCUGACACCAGUUCUGUCACUGCCGCGGGACAGUGGCCACCAUGGGCUCCACAGGUACUGAGAGAAAUGAAGGAAUGGACAGCGCUCUGCUGAAGUAUCCGAUAAGAGGGCACACCGAGAAAAUGUGGCAACGUCUGAAAGGGAUAUUAAGAUGUUUAGUGAAACAGCUGGAGAAAGGUGAUGUGAACAUUGUUGAUUUGAAGAAGAAUAUUGAAUAUGCCGCAUCUGUAUUGGAGGCUGUAUACAUUGAUGAAACAAGGAAACUCUUGGAUACAGAGGAUGAACUCUCAGAUAUCCGGUCAGAUUCGGUCCCGCUGGAAGUGCGGGAUUGGUUGGCCUCCACCUUCACAAGGAAAAUGGGGAUGACGAAAAGGAGGCCUGAAGAAAAACCCAAAUUUCGAAGUAUUGUACAUGCUGUGCAAGCUGGGAUUUUUGUCGAAAGAAUGUACCGAAGAACCUCUAGUAUGGUUGGUUUGACCUAUCCAUCUGAAGUGAUGACAACUUUUAAGGAUGUCGAUAAAUGGUCAUUUGAUGUGUUUGCCCUAAAUGAAGCAAGUGGAGGCCACAGCCUAAAAUUUAUGAUGUAUGAACUGUUGAUCCGAUAUGAUCUAGUGAGCCGUUUCAAGAUUCCUGUUCCCAGCCUUAUUUCAUUUGCAGAAACAUUAGAAACUGGCUACAGCAAACACAGAAACCCCUAUCACAACUUAAUCCAUGCUGCGGAUGUUACCCACACCGUGCACUGCAUCAUGCUUCUCACUGGUAUCAUGCACUGGCUCACAGAACUGGAAAUAUUAGCAAUGAUCUUUGCCGCUGCCAUCCAUGACUAUGAACAUACUGGGACCACAAACAACUUCCACAUUCAGACCAGGUCAGAUGUUGCAAUGUUGUACAAUGACCGCUCUGUUCUUGAAAACCAUCAUGUAAGUGCUGCUUAUAAGAUUAUGCAAGAAGAAGAUAUGAACAUCUUGGUGAACUUAAGCAAAGAUGAAUGGAGAGAGCUGCGCACCUUAGUGAUCGAGAUGGUCUUGUCUACGGAUAUGUCGGGUCAUUUCCAGCAAAUCAAAACCAUCAGGCACACGCUUCAGGAGACCGAAGGGGUAGACAAAGCCAGAGCCAUGUCCCUGAUUCUACAUGCAGCCGACAUCAGUCAUCCAUCAAAGACCUGGAACCUGCAUUUCCGAUGGACUAAAGCACUGAUGGAGGAGUUCUUCCGACAGGGAGACAAAGAAGCAGAACUAGGCCUACCUUUUUCUCCUCUAUGUGACCGUAAAUCCACCAUGGUAGCACAGUCACAAAUAGGUUUCAUUGAUUUCAUAGUAAAGCCUACCUUUGCCCUCCUUACUGACUCCAUGGAGAAAAUAGUUUUGCCUCUUAUAGAGGAAGCUUCAAAAUCUGAAAGUACUACCUUCACAUCAAGUGAAAAUAACCCUGGAGGAAGUCUUGAAGUGAACAGAAGGCUAACGAUUAAAAGUUCUUCAUGUAUGGGUUUAACAACUGUGGAUUUAAGAAGAUUUAAGGACGACUUGUUUCAGAUCGUACAGGAAAACAAAGACAGGUGGAAAGAUUUAGCGGAAAAAGAAGAACUGGUACAAAAUAAGGCCGAGGAGAAGAAGGAACAGCCAAAAGAUUCCAGCAGACAGGCUCCAGAGUCUCACUUGAAGGAAGGGGCAGCAAAGAUGGUCAAUGAGAACAACCAAUGUUCCAAUGCUGGAGCACCAUCCACAGAUGCACCCUGCACUUCUCUUGUUGUUGAAGCACACACUUUGAAUUCUCUUCCCUCCAUUCCUGGUUCUGAGACUGACUCUAAGAUUUCUUUGAAUGCAAAAGGACCUCUGGAUGUAGAACAAGAAAUACAACCUAAUGUCCCACUAAAUGGUGAGGCCAACCUCAGUGAGAGCCCAGAAAAACCAUGUAAGGAACAGAAACAAGGGGUGCUUCGCAACUAGAUGAACGGUCUCUUAAUUCUUUUGCCUGUUUUGAGAAGGAGAGGAUGAACAGAAGAGAAUGAAAACACCUUCAUUUUCCACAAAACUGUUUACCUUCUCUGACAAAUUAUCCAUGGAC